AUGUUGACCGACAACGCCCACAAGGACGAAUAUAUUCUCAACGAGGUUGUUAACAACCAAACCUCCGAAUGCAGACGUAUGUUUGUCAAGGAGUACAAGAAAAUCGGCGAGGGCGCCUUUGGUACCGUCGUCGAGGCUGCUUUGGCCUAUGUCGACAAUAAUGACAAGCCUGAAGCUGAAAGGCUUGGACCUUUUGCUAUUAAGAGAGUCUUGGCUCAAACUGAGUAUAAAUGCAGAGAAUUAGAGAUCUUACGAACAGUCAAGCACCCCAAUAUUGUUUCGUUGAGAUUCUUCUUUGACAAGAAAAAUCAGCUAGACGGUAAGAUUUACCAGAACCUUGUGAUGGAAUGCUUGCCAUCCAAUUUGCAGAAUGAGAUCAAAUACUACCGCCAGUCGAAGUACACGAUCCCAUAUCCUCAUAUGAAAGCAUACACAUUUCAGUUGACCAGGGCAAUGCUCUACUUGCACAGCCUCAAUAUUCUGCACCGUGAUAUCAAACCCUCUAACAUAUUAGUUGAUCCUUCAACUGUUAGAUUGAAGAUUUGCGAUUUUGGCUCUGCUAAGCAGUUAGAACCAAACCAGCCCUCGGUCAGUUACAUUUGCUCGAGAUACUACCGUGCUCCAGAGCUUAUUGUCGGAUGUACAGUGUACACGACCAAGAUUGAUAUCUGGGGUUUGGGAUGCGUCAUUGCCGAGAUGUUCUUGGGUAAACCAAUAUUCCAGGGACAGUCUUCCGAAUUGCAAUUGAAGGAAAUCUCGAAGCUUUUGGGACCACCUCCAAAGACCUUCUUCUUCAAGAGCAACCCACAAUACAGAGGAAACAUGUUUUCCACGAAGUUGUUCAGUUGCUCAGUCCAAGAACGGUUCGAGCAGAUAUUCUCGACCUCACCUCCAGACGUUAUUGACUUAUUGCUCAAGAUCCUUGUCUACGACCCAGAAUUCAGAGCCAGCCCGAGAGCCGUGCUAGCACAUCCUUUCUUCCACGAACUAAAAAAGGAAAACUUCCAGGUCUACCCUAGAGGGGCACACGAGCCUAUGGAACUAAAUUUACUUGAUUUUACCCCAUACGAGCUAGAUUUGAUGGGGCCUUACAAGGAACUGUUUUUGAAGAGGUAG